GUUAAAUGUGAACUGUGCUCUCAGUCUGCUUUGGAACCGCAGAGCGCAGAACUGCUGGCUCAUUUAGCAGCUUUCUAUUCUUGCGCUGUUCCAGCACAUGAGCGGACCUCCGGGAGCGGGGCGCCCCUGUGACCGCCCCUCCGACUGCCGCUGACCCUCCUCCCGUCAUCCCCCCGGCCGGCUCCACCUGUCCUCCCCGUUCCCCCCCUAGAACCGAGCGCUGACGGAUCCAAACCGAUGCGUCCGGCAGCCCCUGAUGCUCCGCAGCGCUCCGGGGCUUUCAGGUCGGUGGGAGAGGCUCGAGCCGCGGCCGCGCGCUAGGAUGCUGCGCCAGGUGUUGCACGCGGGCCUGAGGACCUCCUUCCACGCGCUGGGCCGGUUCGUCGCGAGCCACCCGGUGUUCUUCGCCUCGGCGCCCGUGCUGCUGUCCAUCCUGCUCGGGGCCAGCUUCAGCCGGUACCGCGUGGAGGAGGACGUGGAGAGCCUGCUCGCGCCCAAACACAGCCUGGCCAAGAUAGAAGGGAACCUGGUGGAUAGCCUGUUCCCCGUCAACCGAUCCAAGCACGCGCUCUACUCAGACCUGCAGACGCCGGGACGGUACGGGCGCGUGAUUGUCACCACCCGCAAGGGAAGCGUCCUGGACCCGGUUCACCUGGACACCAUACUGAAGCUCCACAGGAGGAUCUACCAGAUGCAGGUGACGGUCCCAGCCACAGGCCUCAACAGCUUCAACUACUCCUUCUCCUACCUCUGUCUCCCCGAUGACAAGAACAUCUGCAUCAUCGACGACAUUAUCCGGGCCAUGGAGGAGAUCCAGUCCGCACGCACCUCCAACCGCUCCAUCCCUAUCCUGCGGUAUCCCAUCACACAGCUGGCAGAUGGGCGACAGGCGUACAUCGGUCACCAGCUGGGCGGCGUGCAGGGCUGGGGUCCGGCCGGGGCGGUGCGUGGUCCGGGGACGGGGGCCCGGGGAGAAGGGGUCCGUUCCGCCAGGGCGCUCCAGCUCACCUACUACCUCCAAGCCCGUGGUGGCCUGAUGGACCAGGUGGCCAGCCAAUGGGAAAAGGCCUUCUGUGCUGAGUUGCAGCACUUUGCAGCGUUGCACCCAAAGCUGGGGCUGUACCCUUCCACUUCUUCUUCUCUGAGGACAGACUUCCAGUUCUCUUCCGUACUGGCACGCCGCCCCCUGUUAGCCAGUCUGGGGGUGUGCGGGGUGCUGGCUGUCCUCUGCUGCUCUAUGAGAGACUGUGUGAGGUCCAAACCAUGGUUGGGACUGCUGGCCCUGCUGUCCAUCACACUGUCGGGCCUUACUGCUGCUGGAAUACUCAACCUGACUGGGGCCACCUACAACUCCACAUACCUGGGCAUCCCAUUCGUCAUGCUGGGUCAUGGGCUCUUUGGCUCCUUUGAAAUGCUGUCAUCGUGGAGGCGGACCAGGGAGGACCAGCACGUGAAGGAACGCGUGGCGAGUGUUUUUGAGGACGUCAUGCUGCGCUUCUCCGGCUCCACCAUGAUCCACCUCAUGACCUUGGGCCUGGCUGCUUCACCGCUCACCAACAUGGAGGCCGUCCGGCUCUUCUGCCGCACCGCCGCCCUGGCCGUCACCAUCAGCUACGUUUACAUGCUGUCUUUCUACAGCUCCUGCCUGGUCUUCACUGGCUACCUAGAAACCGGUUACAGACACGGCUGCUUCUGCCGGCGAGUCCCCAAACCGGAUCGACUGGACUCCAAACCAGCCUGGUACAGAUGUCUGAUGUACACUCGAUAUCAGGAUGAGACCCAAAAUACCAACCCGCCCCACACUGAUGGACAUACUCACACUACGAACUCCAACUUGAAUCACACACAUGUUCACACGCACCCGCACACAGCGAACAACCCUACGGCGCAUGGACACGGUCACAUGGCGAACUCCACGCAUACACAUCCACACCCUCAUCAACAUUCCACAGCCAGCACGGACCCUCAUCCUCAGGACUCCCACCUUUUGCUGGGCUGUGUGCGGCGUUGCUACGGAGACUGGAUUACUAACACCUAUGUCAAACCCUUUGUGGUUCUGCUGUAUCUGGUUUACAUUUCCUUUGGAUUGAUGGGCUUCCUGCAGGUGGCCCAAGGUUCUGACCCGAGUGCACUGGUUGCCAUGGAUACAGCAACAGUAUUGUACACGCGUGCCCAGCACAGAUACUUCAGCUCCUACUCCCCAGUCAUCGGAUUCUACAUCUAUGAAAGCGCCCCUUACUGGAAUUCCUCAGUACAGCGUGACCUCCUGGAAUAUGCCAAAGGUUUUCAGCGGAUCAGCUGGCUGGAGGCCUACCUGAACUACCUGUCGGACCGCAACCAGUCCACCAGCCAGCCGCGGGAAAACUUCACCCACACCCUGCGCCACUUCUUCCUCCGCGAGCCGCAGUUUGCUCACUUCGGGGACGACAUCAUAUUUGCGGAGCGCGGUCAAGGCGAGGAGCCCGACGUGGCGGCCUCCCGCAUCUUCCUGGUCGCCAAGACGACGGAGAACAAGCGCGAGGAGAUGUCAGUGCUGCUGGACACACUGCGCCGCCUGUCACUGACCUCGCGAGUCCGCUUCCUUAUCUUCAACCCCUCUUUCGUGUACCUGGACCGCUAUGCUGCGGCGGUCAGCUCGCCCCUCAGACACUCACUGCUGGCGGUGCUCUUCCUGUUGGGUUUGUCCUCUCUAGCUGUCGUCGAGCCGCUGGUCUCCGUGUGGCUGGGCCUCACCCUCCUCUCCGUCCAGUUUGGAGUGUUAGGCUUCAUGACCUUAUGGGGCGUCGAGCUGGACUGCAUGUCUGUGUUGUGUCUGAUCUCCGCCCUCGGACACUCGGCGGACUGCAGCGGCCCUCUGCUCUGUGGUUUCGCGUCGGGCCGGGGCGAAAGCAGGACUCGUUGGGUGCGAGUGGCGCUCGAGAGACACGGGGUGCCCUCUCUACAGACGCUCAUCUGCUACAGCGCUGCCCUGGUGCCUGUAGGUUCCGUACGCUCCAACCUCACCCGCACACUCUUCCGCUGCCUCACCCUCACGGCCGGAUGCUCGGCCCUGCACACGCUGGCUUUCCUGCCCACGCUCCUCACCUUCCUGCCCCCCUCAAAGAACAGGGGGCAUCGGCCCGGGGGAGAAGGGCAGAGACAGGAAGUGGAGUGCGUGGAGAUGAACGACAGCACUCGAGUGGUCGACCAGAUCACCACUGUCUGAGCACUGGAUGAUGCUUGUUUUCUGGUCACUUGGUUGCCAUGGGGACUGCCGGAUGAGAUUUUGGUCCGCUGUAGUCUUAGGAGCCGCUGUGCAUGCUGCAGACAGGAAUACUGAUCCUUGUGAAGAGAGGUGGAAAAUGAAAUUGUAACAGCGAGAGGGCUAGCGAGGGGGGGGGGGGGAAUGGCAGGAGUGUCAAGAUGAAAUGGACUGAAACAAGAAAAAGAUAGUUGUGGGCUAGUAAAAACAGAGAGAGAGAGAGAGAGAGAGAGAGAGGCUGAUACCCAAUGCAGUGUAUCCAUGGUUACUUGCUUGUUGCUAAUGCUGUGUGGCAUGUGAAUGAGCUCUCUCUUGAACAGCCGAUCCAAAGUUCAGAAUCAGUUGAGGUCAGGCCAGGAUAUGACUAUCACAGAGGAAAAUGCUACACUUUUCACAUCUCCAAAAUCUGCUUUAGAUCUGAUCACAUUGUUUGGCUACUGCUAUCUGUUGCACAAAUACAGCUACAAUGACAUGAGGCAAUCAUCUGUAUGACUCAAGUAUUUCUACUUUAAUGCUGGGCAAAUAAAGUCAAAUCACUAAAAUGUGGU